GAAACUACAGUCCCCAGGAGCCACUGCGACGUCGCCUGUAGCGGCCUUCAAGCCAACGGUUAGCGCGGAUGGAGGUUGAGAGCGUCGAUUUGGCCCUGAGGAUACAAUGCCCCUUUGCAGAACACAGUAGUUUGGACUGCAGGAACUUACAAAAGAAAUAAACAUAAUUGUCCUCCCUGAGUUUCUAUUGAUAUAGGAGACAUAAGACCUCUAAAAAUGAGAUAUAAUGGAUUCUGAAUUAAUGCACAGUAUAGUAGGAAGCUAUCAUAAACCUCCAGAAAGAGUGUUUAUUCCAUCAUUUACCCAGAAUGAUGCAGCAUCUCAGACUCACCACUCCACAAACGUAGAAGCCACCUCUCCUAAAAUGCUUCAUAGUCCAAACAGCCAAGCUCUUAUUUUAGCCUUAAAAACUCUUCAGGAAAAGAUUCAUCGUUUAGAGUUGGAGAGAACACAGGCUGAGGAUAACCUAAACAUUCUAUCCAGAGAAGCAGCACAGUAUAAAAAGGCCUUGGAGAAAGAAACAAAUGAAAGAAUUCUGGCACACCAGGAACUGAUAAAACAGAAAAAAGAUAUUACUAUACAGUUAAGCUCAGCUCAGUCUCGCUGUACUCUUCUAGAGAAACAAUUAGAAUAUACAAAGAGAAUGGUUCUCAAUGUAGAACGAGAGAAGAAUAUGAUCCUAGAACAACAGGCCCAGCUUCAAAGGGAAAAAGAACAAGAUCAUAGGAAGCUGCAAGCAAAACUUGAAAAACUUGAUGUCUUAGAAAAAGAAUGUUUUAAACUUACAACCACUCAGAAAACUGCUGAGGACAAGAUUAAACAUUUAGAGGAAAAACUUAAGGAAGAAGAACAUCAGCGUAAGCUGUUUCAAGACAAAGCAUCUGAACUUCAAACUGGACUUGAAAUCAAUAGAAUUUUAAUGUCUUCAGUAUCAAAUCCAAAACACUCUAAGGAAAAGAAGAAGUCUUUGAAGAAAACUAAAUGUUUAAAGGGAGGACCACCUCAGCAAACUUAUUCAAAGUUUGGAUCACUGCCUAUUGUGGCUGAGAAGUCUGCCAGUGCGAGCUGUUCUGUGAAUUCAAGUAUGCAAAGCCUCCUGCAAUUGAUGCAACAUUAUGGGCCACAUACCUGUCAGAAACUUCCUGAAGUUACUGAGCCUCCAUGUCUCUACAAGCCUCUUAGAACAACUUCCCAGGGUAAAGCUGAACCUUCUGAUUCAAAAAUUUCCAUUUCUAUUGGUGACAGUUUGUCUGAACUUUUGAUGGCAAUGCAGGAUGAGCUGGACCAAAUGAGUAUCGAGCAUGAAGAACUACUGAAUCAAAUGAAGGACACUGAAAGUCAUUCGGUCUGUGAAGACAUUGAAUGUGAACUAGAGCAUUUAGUCAAGAAAAUGGAAAUUAAAGAAGAACAGAUUUCCAAACUGUUGAAGCAUCAAGACAAUGUCCGUAAACUGCAGCAAAAAGUUCAAAACUCAAAGAUGAGUGAAGCUUCAAAGAUUCAGCGAGAAGAGAACAACCUUAAAGGAUCAAAGACCAUAAAAAAUAGUCCCAGAAGAUGUUUGCUAACUAACUCUCUUCAGAAGAACAGCAACUUUCAUCCAGUACAAGUCCAUAAUCUUCAAAUGAAAUUGAGAAGAGAUGAUAUCAUGUGGGAACAGUAACACAAUAGUAAAACUGUCACCUUAAAUGAACUCUGUCAGUGAGAUCUUGAAUUGUCUAGAGUGGUUUUAAUUUAAUAUACCUUUAUAAAAUUUUGAAUUAUGUUUCUAGUCCCUAUGAAGUGUCAAGUUGUAGUAUUUUUUAAAUUAAUGCCUAAUGACCUUCUCAGAGUCACAAAUAAUAAAUGACUGUGCUUUUUUUUCUCUUACUGACCGAAAUACCUAAUCUGUCCAUGUUUUAGACACAUCGUUCACUUUGCAGAUUUCUUAAACUAAGUCAAAGAAUUUAUACUGGAUUAGUGGUAUUUACAAUUGAGUUAAAUUUUGAGAUACAAGUACCAUUCCACUUUUUCAUUUAGUAAGCUUGUAACCUUAAGAACCAAUGUAAAAUGAACACAAUAAUGAAAGUCUUUUACCUUUCGUGAUGCUUCCUCCCUGUCUUACUUUAGAGCUGUGAAAUACUUUUCUUUUUUGGAAAUAUAAGAGCUCUGUAAAGAGGCCUUUAGCCCAAGUUUUUAAUGUGACAAUUACAAAUACAAACUCGUGGUUACUUUAUUUUUAGAUUACAGUAACUCAAGUACAGAAGCCUUUUUCUGUAGUUCCUGUUCUCUUUUACAAAUCCAGGGCUCCUUUUUAAAACCAGUGACUCACCUUAUUCCUUUGUACCUAAAACUUUUGAUGCAUUUUAGUCUUUGCAUUAUAUAUAAUCAUCAGUAUAAAUUGAGAAUAUGAAUUCCAGUACCCACUUUUAUAGCAAAGUAUAGGAAAAAUAAAUUGGACAUUUUAUUACCUUUCCAAUAAAAAAACUCAGAGGAAUAUGAUACAUUUUUAAAAUAUUUUAAAAUCCGUGAUGUCCUAAGUGAUUUCUUUGUAUAUGAAUGCUUUAUAAUAAAUUUAUACUUGUUGACCUAUCUUUUUAGAAACUUAUGGAAACUAGUAUGCUCUUUAGAACUUUUUUGGUUUUUCACUGAAAUCCUUUGGGGCAACUAGAGAAUUGAAGUCCUCAACUGAAGUAGAAAUAGAAGACUGACAGAAAAGGCAUAAUAGAAGGGAGGAACUCAGAAGCUCGGGUAGCAGUUUAAGAGAUGGUGACUCCAAAAGGACAGAGUUGGAGGUACAUUUUAUCUACAGCUGGGGGAAUAAUCAAGCUAUAGGUAUGGAAGAAUUUUCAGGGCAAGGUCUGGAGGAGCUAGGAAAAGCAAUUAUGUUAAAGACAAUCCUCCUAGGAAAAUCCCUAACAGAAUGUAGGAGAAAGGGGGUAAUUAUGGAAUUUCUGGUGAGGGGAGAGGAAAACUCUGAUUUCGUUCUCAUUUGAGAGAAGAGGUGUUAUGUAAGAGGACCUUUCCAGACCCAAAGUGGGGAAAUAACUGAAAAUAGAUGAAUACUUGGCAUUAUCCUUGAAAGUAAAUUAUGAUAGAGAUGAAAGAUUCUCUCUGGCUGAACUACUGCAUGUGUCCUUCACCCACUCUUAUUCCCUCUCCCUCUACAGCUUCUUCAGCCCCAGAGAUGUUGCUUCAUCUAAAUUCAUUUUCAUCACCUUAUCUACUUUUCAACUUUGCCUUUCCUCUUCCAGAAUGUGAGUGCUAUAGUUUCAACUUAGCGGAAACCUCACUAGACCAUAAUGCAGCCCGAUACCCUUCUGU